AUGGCGGCACGAAAACUACAACAAGAGGUCGACAAGUGCUUCAAGAAGGUGGCGGAAGGGGUCACUGAAUUCGAAAGCAUCUACGAGAAGAUCGAACAGUCGACAAACCAGGCGCAAAAAGAAAAGCUGGAAGAUCAGCUCAAGCGCGAGAUCAAAAAGCUCCAGAGACUGCGCGACCAGAUCAAGACAUGGGCCGCCAGCAAUGAUAUCAAAGACAAAGCCCCGCUUCUGGAGCAGCGACGGCUGAUCGAGACGCAAAUGGAAAGAUUCAAGGCUGUCGAGAAAGCCAUGAAGACCAAGGCGUACUCGAAGGAGGGGCUAUCCGCCGCCGCCAAGCUGGACCCUAGGGAGCAGGCCAAACUGGACGCGGGCGAGUUCCUCGGCAACAUGGUUGACGAGCUGGAGCAGCAGAUCGAGACCCUCGAGGCAGAAUGCGAAUCAAUACAGGCGACCAUGAAAAAGGGGAAAGGCCACGCCGCCAAGGCGGAGCGCAUAGCCGAGAUCGAGCGCAUCAUCGAACGACAUAAAUGGCACCAGGGGAAACUCGAACUGAUCAGGCGCUCGCUCGAGAAUGGAGGCGUCGAAACCGAGCAGGUCAAUGAGCUCGGGGAGAACAUCAAGUACUACGUAUCGGACGGCAUGAAUGAUGAUUUCAUGGAGGACGAAACCAUGUACGACGACCUCAACCUGGAAGACGAGGAAGAUCAAUACGGCAUGAACCAGGAUAACGAUAGGGUAUCCCUCACAAGACACCCAGUCGAUACAGGACGAUGUGAUGACGGAAGCCGAGACCAAACCAAGCGCGCCCUUAGGGAAGCAGCGAACGGCGGUCGAUGCAGUAGCCGCGACAGUCAUUCGGCGGCCGUCUACGCAACUCAAAUCCCCACUCCCAACGCUCGCGACGGUUCACCACAGCACACCACUGCCUACCCUCAGCAACGGAUCCUCGACCAAUGCUGGUAUGAAGCCUGCGAUAGCGCCGCCAAGGCUCGCGGGCGAGGGCUUGAAGUAUGCGAGUGCUGCGGCAGCAGCUGCAAACAACGUCGGAAUUGCGCCGUUACCCCCACCGCCCUCGGCAACACCCAGCCUCGGCGGCGCACCAUUACAAGCACAGGCGAGGGCGAGUGCGGCCAACUCUCCGAGUGUUGCAUCGAUACAGCCGCGGCGCAGACAAAUGGUGCAGCCAAUGGCAUCAGACCGAUCGAAGAGGCCGAAGAAGAGGAGGAGUCGAUCUACCAUCUCCCUGCGUCUUUGCAAGACUUGGUCGAGUCAUUUGAGGUCACAAAGAAGCGUCCUGCGUCUAUGAAUUCUCCCGCGACGCACCGUAUGCAGGCCGCAUCGGAGGCGAACAAGCCCGGGGUCUUAGACGCCGAGCCACCACGGAAUUAUCAGCCAGAUGUGAAGUUCCAUUCUCAUAGCCGAUAUCCGCAGGAGCCGCUAUCCAUAUUUGACGACCCCCGACUGUACACGAAGAUCGACCCGGAUACGCUUUUCUACGUCUUCUACUACAAGCAGGGCACGUACCAGCAGUACCUCGCAGCGAGGGCGUUGAAGGACCAAAGCUGGAGGUUUCACAAGCAGUACCAAACGUGGUUUCAGAGGCACGAGGAGCCCAAAUCCAUCACGGAGGAAUUUGAGCAGGGGACGUAUCGCUUCUUCGACUACGAGAGCACCUGUGGGCCUGUGGGAACUCGGGUGGCAAGGCAGCAUGCCAUCAAGUUCCUUUGGGUGGAUCCCACUUACAUCCGCGUGAGGAUUCAGCCUCCCGAGCCAAUUGCCAAGCCACUGCUUUUUGUCUUGCAUGAGGAUUUCAACAAAUGGGUUGCUACCGACCGUUUUUGGGGGAACACCAUCAAGUCGAAAUGCGAACACCACCCGCCGAGGUACACAGUGGAGCCCUCGAGUAUGCCUUGUAGAUCAGAACGGCGGCUCAGGCCAGCGCGGUGA